CAUUCAGUCGCUGCAGGGUUUCAAUUGUUAGCUAGUGUUGCACUUGACUUGCCCGUGGUGUAGUUCCCGCUACUUUUAAAAGAAAAUGCAACAAAGGCGUCUCUGUUAUUUUGAGGGGAAUUACAAUUAAUUUCGCGUUCAAUACAAUAGGUUUCAGGCUAAUUUGGGCAUUUUAUUUUACUCUGCACCGCCGUAGCUGUUAUAACGUACACGGUUUUACUUUGACAUCCCGGAAGCUAAAAGAUAAAGUUAGACCGAUUGAGAUGGGACUUCCGGUAAGGUAACAAAUAAGACCCCCAUUAAUUGUUGAAGCCAAAUUGUGGAGCAACUUUAAAGUGAUAUUUCAGUUAUAAACUUUUUUCUGAAGUUGUGUUUUAUGAGCAAUAAGCAAGACUGCGUUAUUUUAGCUUGUUGUUGCCUGUAUGUCUGUGAGGCCAGUCAUGUCAUUUCCGGUGUUGUGUUGUGUUUUUUGAAGUUCACUUGCAGGUUAUGGAGGCCAUACAGUAGCUCGGGGGUCCCACGUCCUCAGUCUGCUGUUAAACCUUAUUCCACUACGUCUACCGAUUUCCGGCUUCCAUGCCCGCCCAACCCCCUGUGAAGGAGCCGGAGGAGGAGAUGGAGGCAGAGGGUGAGUCGCAGCUCCCCGAGGCCAACGGAGAGGUGGAAGAACCCAGAGAGAAUGAAGGAACAAGAGGGGGAGGAGCCGAGGAGACCAUGGAGGAAAGUACGGAGGAGAGGGAGACCGACUUGGAAGAUAGUGACGAGGAGGAAGAGGAGGAAGAGGAAGAAGAGAGCUCAGAGAUGGAUGAUGAAGACUGCGAGAGGAGAAGAGGAGAAUGUCUGGAUGAGAUGAUGGAUCUGGAGAAACAAUUCCAGGAGCUGAAAGAGAAGUUGUUUCGGGAACGGCUAAACCAAGUGAAAGUCAAGCUGGACGAGGUGCUGACAGGAAAGGCCGGUGAAUACAGAGAACCGCUGGCUGCACUACAGAACAGCAUGCAGAUACGGACACAAGUGGCUGGAGUGUACAGGGAGCUGUGUCUGCAGGUCAUCAAACACAAGCAUGAAUGUGAAGUGCAAGGAGCGAGGCAGCACCUGGAGAGUGAGCGAACACUGCUGUUUGACGCCAUGAAGGGCGAACUACUGGAAAAGAUAAGGAGGCUGGAGGAGGACAGGCAGAAUAUAGACCUCACCUCAGAGUGGAGCGAUGAGCUGAGGGGCAAGAAGUGCAAACGAAAGAACCUGCUGGGUCGAUCUGAGAAGAAAAAGAAAGUAGCUUUGGUUUCAGGUAAGCACCACGUGUGAGGAGCCUCACCAGGGCUGAUGUGUACAUAUACAGAUGAGGAGAUGA